AAUAGAGGAUCGAAGGAGGCUCAGAUGCCCCACACCCUGGCUCGACGGUGCAGGUCCUUCAGUCUGUCCCAGGACGUGCCAGUGCUUGCAUCGCUCCCUCUCGCAGCUUCGCCCUUAUUUGAGGAGUACCUUCGUAGAGGUCAAUCUGACUUGACGAUGUAUUCGACGCCGUGGCUGCUGUUCCUCGUGCUGACCGCCUGGGACUCGAGGCCAAGUCGAGCUUUCAUCUUCCCAAGCUUGCCCCAGGACGUCUGCAACAGGCACUUCUCAAUCAGUAACGAUACAGACUUAAACAAGCUGACGGGCGAGUGGGUGACGGUGGCUAGCACGAGGAAGGUCUUCCCUUGUCACCGAUUCUCCGGGAAGGUUGAGGGAGCGAAUGUAAGUCGGUUCCUCUCUGGUUAUCCUGUCAGGAGCUCUCCGAUUCAGGAAGGCUCGGUUGUUGCUUUUGUUGUUUUGAAAGAAGCCUAG